AUGUUUGGAGUGUGCAGCAAGUGUGUUUUCGUGCUGAUAGUUAUGUACGUAUGGGAAGGAUGUGGUUUAUAUUUCCCCAAAGCGGUAUACAAUGCUCGUAUUCCAACAGACUGGGGCCCUGAGAUACCAAUCAUAAAGAUAUACGCCAUUUACGACGGACAAGAUUUUCCUCCCAACUUUCUGCCGAUGCUAUUAACUUACAGUGUUGUUUGCGAGUCGACAGAGGGAUGUGCAGACUAUAAUAACAACUGUAGGGAUGAUGUGGUGUUUACCGUAAGAGGUGGAUUGCUUCAACUAUCUUCACUUAGCUCGAACUUGUCAGCUUAUCAAGGGUGCACUUUUAAUCUUAAGGUCACAGCGAGAACGGAUUUGACUUUAAUCGAAGAAGCAGAAACAAGAAUAUCUGUGACGAUUACACCAAGUCAAGAUCUCCCAACAUGCCCUAUAUGUUUUUACGCAGACAGAGAGACCUAUUUUUUACUAGAAGGCGACAAUUCUACAAAGCUGGGAUUUGCUCAGAUAAGUUCGAUGAUUGGUAAUGAGAAAUGCAAAGCAACAAACAAGACAUACAGCGUGGUAUCUGAUCAAAGAACUCCUAUUUCUAUUGACGAAUCAAGCGGUAUUAUUCAUUUUACUGCGCCCCCAGAACUGCCGGCAUACAGAGUAAACAUUGUCUGCACGGUGUUUGAUGAAGCUGUUAACCUGACAUCACAGUACUCAAUGAUAGAAGUCACGGUAAUAGUUUUGCCUUAUAAUUCACACAAGACGUGUACCCUUGACAACGCAACGAGACAGCUGGUAUCGACUGUUUGGAAGAAGAGACUCAAGGGAGACGUGGUGCCCACUGAUGAGCUUCACAUAUGCGACGAAUCUCUCACUCGUAGUGAUGAAUAUAAUGUGACUAUACUUAAUGACAAGUGUGGCGUAUUCCAAAUCGGUGAACUACUCAUUCGCAAUGCGUACACAGAUGGUCAUACUGUUUCGUACAUUAAGCCGAAUUUGAUACUUAAGACUUCAGUACCAAACAAAUAUACCUUGUGUCGACUUGAGAUCGCAUUCAUACGCACAACAUCAGACGACAAAGAUGAUACUAUUAUUUUCGAUGUGGCAGUGGUUUUUGAGGAAUUAGUGUUUGACUUUAAGGAAAAGAAUUACUAUGUUGGACUGCAUAAAAAUGCAUCGCAAUAUUCGCAGAUAAUCAAAGUUAACCUGCCAGCGUAUGUCGUGGGUGAUUCGCCAGUUGUUUAUGACGUCGUCACACCAGACACAGUGAUGACUGAAUACGGUCUCACUUUAGAACACACAUCGGGAAUAAUCUAUGUAAUCAACUCAACUAGACUACGUCAUAGCAAAAAUCGGACUAUUGUUUUCGAGGUGCAAGCUAGUAAUGGUUUAGACGUAAUAACCACAAACGUGACUAUCGAUGUGUUAUCAACUCAACCCAAACAGUGUUCUAUGUUCCGAACUAAAAAAGACUGUGAAAGCGCAUGUGGCAUUGGUUCCCCUAAUGGACGGUGCACAUGGCUCCACAGAGAUCGGCCGCAAGCCAUGGACUAUUCUACAUGCACUCCGAAUAUUCUCACUUGCCCAGACUAUUCAUGUGACGUUCUCGAGAGUGCUCACCCGAAGAUCUGUCUGCAGGAUUGCGUGGAUCAUUCAAAUGUGAUGGGUUCGGUGUCGGCUAACUUCCCACAAGGCAUUAGAAGAGCUGGAGGAGUUUGUUUUUGUUUGUCUGCUCAACCGUCAUGCGUGUGUGGACCACCGCCCGUCUCACUUGACGAACACGACGAGAAGGAAGACCAAACAAGCUUGGAUUUGAUCAGCACAGAAUCUCCUCCAGCCUACGUACCUGCACACAUCGGUUCAUCACGCAAUGGCGAUACAUAUCCACUCAAGACAAUCCAACCUAACUCUGCCUGCGAUGGCGAUUGUAAAACAUUAAUCGCCCUACUUGUAAGUUCGGCGUCUGUCGUUCUGGUCGUUACUAUGGCGUCUAUACGUUAUAACCAGCAUAGAAAACGAAAAAGAGGCUCAAAGAACUACAACUCCAAGGACAUGGUUUCAAUAAGCACGGUGCCGUCAGAUUAUGUUAUGGAGAGUAAUUCGGCAUCACACGCCUCGGUUGAAUUGUCUGUUCCGAGGUUUUUGGGCUAUCAUAAAUGCAAAGCGGAAUAUGACGCGAAAUGGGAGUUUCCAAGAACGAACCUUCUGUUCGAAAAAGUCGUCGGUGAGGGGGAAUUUGGUCGGGUGAUGGCAGCACAGGCACUCAAUAUUAGAGGGUUAACUGGAUAUACAGCAGUUGCGGUGAAAAUGACAAAAGACACUGGGAACGAACACGAUUUGCGAGACCUGAUGACUGAGCUGUCUUUGUUGAAACAGGUAAACCAUCCGAAUGUGGUUAAGCUACUCGGUGCAUGUACCCAGAAAGGUCCCCUGUAUGUAAUUGUUGAAUUUUGUAAUGAUGGUUCACUACGGAGUUAUCUACGGCGGAUUAGACAGCUAGAGUGUGGUUCUUAUCACGAUGAGUCUACCGCCUACGCGGACGAGAUUCCGUGUACGUUGGAACAAACAGUAACGCCACGUGACCUAGUCUCGUUUUCGUGGCAGAUAUGCAAAGGAAUGGAAUAUUUGUCCGAUAUGAAGCUCGUCCACCGCGAUCUGGCUACACGCAAUGUUUUGGUUUCGGAAGGAAGAAUUAUGAAAAUAUCAGACUUCGGAUUAACACGUGAUAUCUACGAAAGUGAUGCUUACCUCAAAACCAGCAAGAGUCGCAUACCUGUCAAAUGGAUGGCUGUUGAAUCUCUGUAUGAUCAAAUAUACACAACAAAAAGUGACGUUUGGUCGUUUGGAGUUCUACUUUGGGAGAUUUAUACAUUAGGGGCUACACCGUAUCCAGGAAUUCCACCAGAGCGGCUGUUUCACCUUCUGAAAACAGGCUAUCGAAUGGAUAAACCAGACACUUGUUCAGAUGAAGUAUAUGACAUCAUGCAAAUGUGCUGGCAGAACAGUCCCUCGCAAAGACCAACAUUUACAGAAUUGAAGAAAAUAUUAGAAGAUAUGCUGGAACAAAGCACGGAAUAUCUGGACUUAAACAGCGAGGUGUCGUACUCCAAUGUCGAUAUCGAUCAUAGUCAAGUACUAGAUGAAACCAAAGUCAGUCUUCUUUCAUCGGAAAGCGAAG